AUGCAUGUACUUGUCCACCCUGAAGCAAUGAGGGGUUGCUCCCCGGAAGAUACUCUGCAAUGCCCAUGGCCUACAUCGGCGAGCAUAGUUGUAUCUGCUUUCGUCAGAACGGAGGCUACACCGCACCAAAGCCCAUUCCGUCAACCAAACAGAGAAUACAUCUAUUCACCACUCCCAGUGGUAGACAAGAAAGUCUUCAUUGCUAUGCAUCACCUACAGAUUAGAGCUGAUAGCAGUGCUUCGGUGACUGGUGACUAUUUCUCAAGCACAUACCUUCCCUUCUGCAUGACGUACUUUUGCGCUAUAUGGGACUGCUUUAUGGCUGCUGUUUUGUUUUCAUCAUUAUUGGCUAAAGUUGCCGACUCAGAAUUAGUGAUUUUGCGUCCCAUGCAAGAUUCGGGCAUCUACGUACGUCGUGGCAGUUCGAUUGUCUUGCAAUGUGGAGAAACGACAAACAUAACUCUGGUUAUCUGGCGGACACCAGACAAUACGAAGGUUCCCUACGGAUCAGGCUCAGAAAAUUCGGAAAAGACACUCAGUGUGUGGAACGCAACCGCUGCAGAUUCAGGAAGUUACUCCUGUACUGCGUAUUCGCUCGAUAGUCUUCAAUACAAUGCAACGUCAGAAGUCGUUGUGCAAGACGUUCCGGAUCCUCCAACGAACGUGUCGUUAACAUCUCAUCUUUCUACCGGACUGUUCGCAUCCUGGACAUUCGGCGAGGAUCACAGAAGUUCAAUUCAUCUCCACACCAUCUAUCUAUAUAAAACGGAUAUCCUCGUACAGGAGGUGAACGUUUCUGCUCCAUUGAACACAAUGACCUUUGUCGGGUUGGAAGCGUACAGAUGCUAUCAUAUCAUCCUUCGAGCGUUGAAUGACGUUGGUUGGAGUUCAUUUACGAGACCAUUUUAUGCCCUCACAUCUCGGGGAAAACCAGAGGUACAACCACAAAUCAACGCACACAACAUAUCAAGAACGUCUGUGAUUAUUCGGUCGGAACAUUCCAAAUUGUUGGAGCUUCAUCCGCCUGGUCAGAACACCUCAGAGUGCGGUGAUUCGGACAGCCAUCUGCAAUCCUUACUUCGAGGACCGUUGAGCAGUUAUGUUGUGUAUGUUUCUACAGUGGAACCCUAUCGGCUUGUUGGCGAACACUUGUUUCCUGUUCUUCCUGACGACGAUCAACUUUUGACGAUACCGAAUUUACGACCCUAUACACAUUACAAUAUUUCUGUGGCGUUCCGCAAUGGAAAAUACCAGGGCCCUCUGGCACAACUACUGGUUCAAACGGCUGAGGGUGAACCUGAUCAACCUGUGAUAACAAAAACCUCAGCAACCAACACUUCUAUUACAGUCUGGUGGCGUAAUGGGCCGUAUCCUGGUGGAGAGAUUAAUCAAUAUAAGUUAGAGCUUUAUCCGUGUGGGGCGAAUCAGAAAAGUGAACCGGACAAGUCACUUCGUCUUAGAAUGCAACAGAUUGGCUGGUUAAAACAGGAGUUCACAUUUGGUGUACUUGAUCCCAAUUCAUGCUACGCCCUACGUAUUGCAUCUGGUACUCGGGCAGGAUUUGGUCCUUUCACAAAGCUUCAUCAGAUCUACACAGAUAUCCCAGCUCCCAAACCCCCCGAGUUAUUAUCAGCGACUUUCCUGGAUUCGAACGACAUCCUGCUCAAUUGGACUUGUCUCGGCCUAUGCGCGAACGUUAUUGACCAGUUACAGUACACCAUUUGCUGGCUGCUUCCUCAGUUGUCUGUUGAACCCAGCUGUCUUCGGACGCAAACUUUCAAUUCUGCUCAUCAGGCUUUCUGCAACUGUGGAGUUUCACAGAAUUUUCAAUCGACUAUCCUCCCAUGGUCGAUUGUGCAACAUUCCAAAUCAGAAAAGGCUCUAUUCACCGUUCGAUCUGUGCGCAAGCGUGAGGUAUGUCCUCCGGAAGGAUCUUGUGAAGUGGAGAGUGUAGAUUCAAACAGUGUCCCUUUGGAUUUGCGGAGUGCACCAGCCCACUGGAGGAUGAAUUCUAAUUCGAACUUCAAACUUGACAAUACCGCAAUCCUCAGUAUCACUUCAAUUACGCUACUUGUGUUUGCUUCAGUCACUUUGGCUGCAUGCUUUGCCAAUCGACUGAAAUGUAUCUUACUCCUCUGUCAACGCUCGGUCUUUUGUCGCCGGUCGACGGAAACUCCGAGUGCCAAGUAUCGUCGAGCGGUACCACUUAGACUGAACAAAACAACAUACAAGCCGAUACCGCGGUCUGAACUACGCGCGUAUGUGGCAGCGGCACAUGCCGACAAUGAUGCAGGAUUUCAGGCUGAGUUUGAGGCUAUCGAACGCACUGUAUCUUCGGAUUGGACCACAAACGUAGCUAAGUUAUCGGAAAAUAUGAGCAAAAAUCGUUAUUCCAACGUCCUCGCAUAUGACCACACUCGAGUGAUUCUGAAGGAAGUUGGUCGCAAGAGCGACUACAUCAAUGCGAAUUAUAUCGACGGUUAUCACCGGCGUGCGGCAUACAUUGCUGCUCAGGGACCCAUCCCUGCUACUUUCGACGACUUCUGGCUGAUGGUUUGGGAACAAAGUUGCAACGUGAUUGUUAUGAUCUCAAACUUCAUUGAACGCGGGCGGCGCAAAUGCGAUAAAUACUGGCCUACCAGUGGGCAACAACUCUACGGUAACAUAUCCGUGAGGAUGGUUUCUGAAACAGUUCGCGCCUUCUUCACAAUCCGUGUGUUUGUCAUUCGUCAUGUACGAUGCAAAAGAGGAAGUAAAGAGCGCCUGAUCUACCAUUAUCAGUACACCGAUUGGCGAGAUUUCGAUGUACCCACAUCCCCACUUCCAGUGCUCAAGUUUGUCGAAACUUCCAUCUCGCGAUGGUCCUUGGAAGACGGUCCUAUUGUGGUUCACUGCAGUGCUGGCGUUGGUCGCACAGGCACAUAUAUAUGCAUUGAAAGCUUGAUUCGUCAACUAAAGGUGGAACACGUGGUGACUAUUCGUAGUUUUCUGGAACACAUCCGGCAGCAGCGAAUGAAGCUGGUCCAAACGGAGCAACAAUACGCCUUCAUCCACGAUGCUUUGCGAGAGCACGUUCUACACCCGUGCCACACGAUACGCCCAACUCACUUCGCAGACUACCUACAACACUUACGUGAGUUAGACUCAUCCGGUCGAUCCAAUCUGGAAAAACAAUAUGAGAUGUGUAUUGUCUCUCCGUCUGAAUCCACAGACAUGUCAAGGUCAACAAGGACGUUGACUAGUAUGGGAAGAAGAGGCUCCUGUUCUCUUUACGGGACGACUGAUGUUUUGGGUAUCAAUUCGUCCACAUUACAUGGGUACCACAUGCUGUCGGAAUACAUUGUGGCCCGUCACCCACUUGCCGGCACGGAAACCGAAUUCUGGAAGAUGGUAUGGGAUCAGAACUCUUCCAUCAUCGUUUGCCUUUCUGGUCUGGAAUUACCACCAUUUUGGCCUCAAAAGGCGAAUGAGGUUCGCGAUAUCGGAUGGCUUCACGUCAGUUACGCAGGAAGCAGGGCUUACAGCGAUGCUGUCACUCGCUUCGAAUUCUUGCUCACAUCGGAUCGCGAGGACUAUGCUCUGGCUUGUACGUUAUGGAGAUUCUCCGGAUGGCCAUCGGUUGCAUUCGAAAACACGGCGGAACUGAAUUUGGCCCACGCCCUUUUAGAUCUGGCCACGCAUGUAGUCGAUGACGAUGAUGAGGAUCUGCAAGGUUCAACCGGACCUAUUGUCGUUGUCGAUAAUUCUGGCGGAAAUCGUGUUGGAACCUUCUGUGCCCUACGCAUUUUAAUCAACCAACUCACGCACGAAUUUCUGUUCGACGUAUACUUUGUUUUUAAAAUGUUAUGCGUUCAACGACCUCGAAUGUUCCAAUCUCAUCUUGAUCUGGAAUUUGUGUAUACACUUCUACAGCAGUAUCUGUCACGAGACGUUCCGUCAUCGUUAUGCAACAGUGGUGUUAGUGGGGCUGUUGGAACUCAGGGCACAGUCAACUCAAUUUUUGGUCUCCCCAGUCCUGCUCGUGUGGGAUCUCGAUGCAGACGACGAACUAAGGUUAUGGUGAACCAUUUGUUUCCUCAUCGAAAUAAGACAUCACUUUUGUGUAACAGCAGCCCGCAUGCGUUGGGCUCGGAAGCGCCAAUGUACCACCCACGACCACCUAGUCUUCUGACUGCCGAUGGGGAUAAAAUCAGUUCGCUUAUCAACUCAAUUGCAGAUGAGCAACUGUCCGAAGCUAACAGAUCUACGCUUCCGUCUACGGGUGUGCUUGAAUCGAUCUCACAUGAAUCCCUUGCACCAAGUAUCUCACAACCGAGACUUUGUGUUGAGCUUAUGAUUCUGAGCAUUAAUGAGCUUUUUACAUUCCAUAUAGCAUUACUCAUGAGUACUCGAGAAGCCCCAGCCGCUUUUGCUGCCAUUCGCAACCCGAACAGUCUGUUAGCAAGUAUGCCUCAGAGACCUGCGCUUUCUGAUGCGGCUCUGUUCUCCAUUGUACUGACGGUGCGGGAGACCGGUCGACGUUUGGCCAUGAGUGACUACGCUGUCGCCACUGCGUGCACCAUCCUUCAUCGUGCCUUACGAGUGCUUCUCACUGGAGAUGAACAGCCCACCAACUCUUCCACCACUGUUUUGAACGGAGAUACGAGCGCCAGUCCAGAGGCGAUCGAUCAAUCGUUCCGUCAUAGCUUGGGUGACAUUGAUCCUUACACUAUCGCGAUGGCUUGCAUAACCCUUGGUGGAAAGGUCCAAGAGGAACAUCAACGCCUCCGAGAUGUUAUUGUCGCUUUUUACCGCCCCUCCGGUUUUGGUUGUUUGUCUUUUGCCAGGAGCUUGCACAAAAAUCGUCGCCCUGCUCUUGAGGUUGGAGAUGAUUACGACAGGUUGCGUGAAAGCCUGGUGCAGACCGAAUUGUUUCUUAUGCGUUUGCUCGCCUUCCAUGUUCGGCGCCCUUCGCUCCCACAUCCUUACUUGGUUCAUUAUCUGCACUCGCUACUUCAUUGGGUUGGAAAGGGGAUUGCCCAGCCCUGUGGUGGUGAUCUUACAGCAACCGGACCGAACAAUACAGUGAACGCGGCGACGAUUGCUUUAGCUCGCUUACCCGGUCUCGCUUGGUCCAUUCUCGCUGAUUCCUAUCACUCACCCAUUUGCUUGGAUUUUUCACCCGAGCACAUUGCCGCAGCCAUCUUACACUUGGCUCUUAGAAUUGCGGGUGUUGAAAUCCCAGGAAAUCGGCAUUCCGAAAUGGCUUGGUGGCAGGCUAUAUCGGAUAGCCUGACACGUGAAAUUGUGGAACAAAUACAACUUCGCGUGAUGGAAAUUUACGCAGUGGACGACAAGCUCAAAAACAGCAUGCCGCACCGGUAUUCGGACGACUUUUGAUUGCAUUUCCAUGGUCCCA